AGUCAAUAUUAUGUUUUAAAUUGCUUUUUCACACGCGUUCGUUUUUCCGUUUUUCCUUCGCUACCCAUCUCAUGAAUGAAUGGAAUUAUUUCAACUAUUCAAGAUUCUGCUGUGCGUGCGUGAAUAUAUCUGCAAGAAAAUAGAUAUUUGACGAGUGUUCGAUUGAUUUUAAAGGUUCCUCUAAAAUGUCUAAUAGUCAUCGAAUAGUGCUACUCACACGUUGGUUUCACAUUCAAUCGAUCAUUUUUUUCACAAUAAUCUGUGUUAAUACCCAAGUGCAUGCUCCCUAUCCCGACAGAGCCACAAAUUCACCAUACAAAUGUUCUCGAAAACUGGAGGACACCCUCGACACCAUGCUUCGCCGUAAUGGCUUAAAAUUCGGUAGUGGACGAACUCGAAUUGAUGUCACCCCGUACUCUAGAUAUCAUGCUCUGUAUGGAAAUUUUGAAGAACUGGAUUCAACACUAAACGAAAAGCUCGAUAUUGAUGACAAAAAUUAUCCAUCGGACCAUAAUCGGCCAGGAAGUGGUGAAAACAUACCGAAAUACAUACGGCGUGCUAUCGAUAAAAUUGAAGUUGCAGAAAUGCGAGUUCGUUUGCCAAACCACGGAAAGGACCCUUGGGUUAUGGUGGACAAAUGCCAGUUUAAUUCAAGAAAUCGUACCCUGGAUACGCGACUAGUUUUUCCAGACCUAACAAUAAGUGGACGUGUUAUUUUGCAUCCUAGUGGUGGGUAUUGUAACAUGAUCCUUCGACUACGACGCGCAGGGAUUGAGUUCAGGACAACACCUCUGGAUUCCAGUGUGCCAUUUGGCAGUGGUGCAUUUGACUCGGGGCGUACCAGGCCAGCAUCGGUACGGACAGACUCUCAUUUUUCCGAACCAGGUUUUUUAUCCGUUUUUGCGCACGGUUGUCAAGGUCCCACUGGAAUUAAAUUUCGAAAGAAUUCAAAACGCAAUCGGUUUGACCAAAAUAACUACUCUUCAGGGAGUCAACGGAAAAAUUACUACGGACCAUAUGUAGAUGAUCCUAUUAAACGAUCAGGAUCUAGAUUUUUCGAUCACCGUCGGUCAGCAAAUAGCAUGGAAUGGGAGCCAGAUUCUUCAUACGAUUAUCAGGACGACUAUCGGCAAGAUGAAGUCAAACCAGACACAGAGGAUCUAAUGAAUUUUAACGAUGGGUUUCUGGAUCUAAAGGAAGACUUUGAUGCACACUCUGCUCGUACUUUCGGUGAAUUAUUCUCUUCAAGCAGCAUCAAGUAUGGUUCGCCUAAACGCCCGAUACAGCAGCACGACCAUUUUCAACGUCCUCCGCAGCAAAACUGGUUCAAUGCUGAACUAGCGAAUUCAAAUGAAGUAACUGAUGCACUGACCCGCGAACUAGAGCAGCUCUUUUCGAUUGGAGUACGCGGACUAUUGACAACGUAUAUGCAGAAAGCAUUGCAACCAGCAAUCAAGGAGACCCUUAUGGAAAAUAUGGGCUAUGUGCUAAGUUACGGGUGAUAAGUAUGUGAUAUACUACGAGAGCUAGAUUAUGUUAUGGUUAUUUUUCUUCCUGGAAGUAAAGUAAUUCAAGAGGGAAUUAGACUUGUAUAUGUUUAAGAUACUUAAAAGUGAUAUCGAGUAUUUCUUCUAAAAAUUACAUAAAAGUUAAAAUAACCUGAUGGACAUAUGAUCACAAAGGGGCUGAACACAUAA